AUGGCUCUAAGACUUCUAGAGCCCAACUCAACAACGUUGUUGGAAGCCCCUCCCUCUUCCCAGAAUUCCACAGCAGAGUCAUCACCCCUCCCAUUCCCUCAGCUGAAUGUCACCUAUGUGGAGUUCUACCUGCACGAGCCCUACGUGGCCGCAACCUUCAUCGUGUCUUAUUUGCUCAUCUUCCUUGUCUGCAUGGUAGGAAACGGAGUGGUGUGUUUCAUCGUUCUGAGAAGUAAAAACAUGAGGACGGUCACUAAUUUGUUCAUUCUGAACCUGGCGAUUAGUGACCUGCUGGUCGGGAUCUUCUGCAUGCCCACCACUUUGGUGGACAACAUCAUAACAGGCUGGCCGUUCGGUAGUGUGGUGUGCAAGCUGAGUGGGAUGGUUCAGGGCAUUUCCGUCUCUGCCUCUGUCUUCACUCUGGUUGCCAUAGCUGUGGAUAGAUUCCGCUGCAUUGUCUAUCCGUUUAAGCAGAAACUGACCACAUCCACGUCCACUCUGAUUAUAGCUGUCAUUUGGGUGUUGGCCGUCUCCAUCAUGUGUCCGUCUGGUGUAAUGCUCCAAGUGACGAAGGAACACCGCAUCUCCAUUCUCCUGGGCAAGGGCAACGAGACGCGGCCUUUCUACUGGUGUCGGGAGAACUGGCCCAACCAGGAGAUGAGGAAGAUCUAUACCACCGUCCUCUUUGCCAACAUUUACCUGGGUCCGCUCACACUCAUCGUCAUCAUGUACGCUCGCAUUGGCAUUACUCUGUUCAAAACAUCCAUCCCCGCCUCUGUGGGCCAGGGGGCGGGUUCUGGCUCAGGGCGGCGGGGGACCAACCCGGGGUACGACAGCCGUCAGAUGGUGUCACGAAAGAAGAAAAGAGUGAUCAAAAUGCUGCUGGUGGUGGCUUUGCUCUUCAUCCUGUCGUGGUUACCGCUCUGGGCGCUGAUGAUGCUGAGCGACUAUGCCAGCCUGACCGAGAGUCAGCAUCGCAUCAUAAACAUAUAUGUGUAUCCGCUGGCCCACUGGCUGGCCUUCUUCAACAGCAGCGUUAAUCCCAUCAUCUACGGAUUCUUCAACGAGAACUUCAGACGUGGCUUCCAGGCCGCUUUCAAAUUCCAGCUGUGCUCUGCCGACAUGGAGCGGCAGAGAUCGCGCUCCCACAGAGGCCACGGGAAUGUCGUGCUGCCGGCAAAGCUGCAGGGCCAUAAGAGGGCAGGAGGGGAAUGGGCCCAGGGGGCGGUGAACGGCAGAGGCCUCGGAGAGAGCAGCCACACAUUUGGGAAAGACAACCUGAAGGAGCAAGACCUGAUCAUGGAAGACCUGGAGAAGGUCAUGUAUAACCUUUAA